AUGAUCAAAAACAACCCAGCAGCCCUACCUGCAUGUGGAGGACUCAAGAAAACUGUGCGCCAGUUGUUGGAAGAUGUUCGCCGCACGGUGGAAGAGGAAGAUCCAGACGUAAUUACCUCUCCAUAUCACGAUCCGAUAGUGUUCCGUAGACUGAUUGCCUAUUUCACAGAUCAGGCUCACUAUUCUGUGGAAAAAGUGGCAGCGUUUUGCGGAGUGAAGUUUCGCAAAUUGAGGACCAUUCUUGAUCCCGUUCUGAGGAAUUAUUCGGUCACAAAAGAGACGCUGGAGACUGCCAUAGGGGAAGAUCGCGCUCGAGGACUUAUUCCAUUCUUUAUGCUUGCCACUUUGGGUACAACGGCAACGUGCGCUGUCGACUCAUUGAGGGAAUUGGGACCGAUUUGUAACAGAGAAUUCAUCUACCUUCACGCCGAUGCCGCUUAUGGU